UAAUUGGUUUCAAUUAUGUUUUAGUAUACAAUUAACUAGUUGUUUUCAUGAAAUUCAAGUGAUGUUUUUGGUAAGAAUUUUUUUAUAAAAUCUAUGUACAAGUAAAUACUUGUCAAAGUAGUUAGCCAUUACUGAAAUCAACCCUCUUUAUUUCAAUCUUUUAAUUGCCAAUUUGAAUACGCUGAUAUCCAUCUGCAAAUUAGAUCUAAUUAAUGGUUUACCGAGAAAUGCAGAAGGUGCUAAGAGCCUACGGCGAGGUGCUGCGGCUGGUGCGCCGCCUGCCAGAGGACAGCAGGCCUUACUACGCCAAAUUCGCCCGUGAAAACUUUGUCAAUUACCGAGAAGUCGACCCCAAAGACGCCGCCGCCGUCCAAGACCUCCUCCGCCGCACCUACAAUCAUUCUCUUUGGGUCCUCAGCAAGUAUGGUGUGGAUGAAUCUGUGGCGGGUAAGCUUAAAGGAAUCUGCUCUGCUUGAUCGGUUUGUCUUCUGCCCACCAACUGUUUGUUAAAAUAACUAAAGCGGAGUUCUGUUUUGUUGCUUUCUAUGUUUUGGGCCACGCUUACAAGUUGGGCUUUGUUUGGAAAACUGUAUGGGCCUCCAAUAUGAAGACGAAAUUGUUUGGUAUUGGUGCCUUCAAUAUCGAUUAAUCUUGUGGCAAUUUAGUACUAUGAAGUAAUUGAAGACGAUGUAGAAAAUAAUCAUCUGUGUUUGUUCGAUAUGAUUCAACUUUUUAAUUUAAUUGGUUAUGAAUCGGCAUGGUAA